AUGGCCGAUCGUGGAAACAACGGAGACGAUGCGCCACUUCCCCAUGAUCCAAUGGUGGAGGAGGAGGAGGACGAUGACGACGACGUCGACGCCAUUGAUGAGAUGUUCAACAACGAGGAGGAGGAUCCGGAGGACGAGGAGGGCGAGAAUCUCUUCGGAGAUGAUAUGGAGAGAGACUAUCGUGAGCAACCGGAGCUCGAUCAAUACUCCGAGUCGGGAAUGGACGAUGCCUCCGACGUAGGCUCACUCUCUGUGGAUGCUCGCCGAGCCGCGGAGCGCGCAAUGGCUCAACGCGAUCAACUGAUGGACGACGAGGCGUUGAUGUACGAUGAGGGCGACGACGAGUCGACGCCAGCCAAUAGAAGACGUCGUGGACGUGGCGAUCGAGGAGACGACGACGUUGACGAGGCGAUGGAAGAGGACGAGGAGGUUCCCGUUGACAUUCUGGAGAAUAUCCGUGGAAGAACGAUUCGCGAUCACGUCAGCGAUGAGGCGGUCGCCAGAGAGAUUGAGCGUCGGUUCAAGAACUUCCUGCGCUCCUACCACGAGCCGAACAACAAACAAAUCAAGUACAUUCAACUGAUCAAAGCGAUGGCCGCCGACAACAAGGAGUCCCUCGAAGUCAGCUUCACCGAUCUCUCGGACGACGCCGGCGAGCAGAACAUCUCCUAUUUCCUGCCAGAAGCGCCAAACGAGAUGCUGGCCAUCAUGGAUCGUGCCGCCACCGACGUCGUCAUGAACAUGUAUCCAUUCUACACCCGCGUCUGCUCCGAAAUCAAAGUUCGCAUUUCGAACCUUCCAGUCGAGGAGGACAUUCGAAUGCUUCGUCAGGUCCAUCUGAAUAUGCUCAUCCGGACGGCUGGCGUCGUCACCAUCGCCAGUGGAAUCCUACCACAGUUGGCUGUGGUCAAGUAUGAUUGUGUAGCGUGUGGCUACUUGUUGGGACCAUUCGUUCAGCAGAACGACGAGGAAGUGCGGCCAACGAUCUGUCCGUCGUGUCAAGGAAAGGGUCCGUUCGAGUUGAACGUGGAGAAUACUGUCUACCACAACUAUCAGCGCAUCACAAUGCAAGAAUCGCCGAACAAGGUGGCCGCCGGACGUCUUCCCCGCUCCAAAGACGUCAUUCUUCUUGGAGACCUCUGUGACUCGUGCAAGCCAGGAGACGAGAUUGAGGUCACCGGUGUCUACACCAACAACUUUGACGGAUCGCUGAACUACAAACAAGGAUUCCCAGUGUUCAACACGCUGAUCCACGCGAAUCAUAUCUCCAACAAGGAUAAGAUGGCAUCAGAUCAACUCACUGACGAGGACAUCAAAGCGAUUCGAGACCUGUCCAAAGAUCCGAAUAUCGCGACUAGAGUGUUCUCCUCGAUCGCUCCGUCGAUCUAUGGACACGACGAUGUGAAGCGAGCCAUUGCGUUGGCGCUGUUCAGAGGAGAAGCCAAGAAUCCCGGGGAGAAGCAUCGGCUGAGAGGAGAUAUCAAUGUUCUCCUCUGUGGAGAUCCAGGAACCGCCAAGUCCCAGUUCCUGAGAUAUGCUGCUCAUAUCGCACCGAGAUCUGUCCUCACUACUGGUCAAGGAGCAUCGGCUGUUGGUCUCACUGCCUAUGUGCAACGCCACCCUGUUACUCGAGAAUGGACUCUGGAGGCUGGAGCCAUGGUGUUGGCUGAUAAGGGUGUCUGUCUGAUCGAUGAGUUCGACAAGAUGUCCGAUCAAGAUCGUACAUCUAUCCACGAAGCUAUGGAGCAGCAAUCCAUCUCAAUCUCGAAGGCAGGAAUCGUCACUUCCCUUCACGCCAGAUGUACCGUAAUCGCCGCUUCGAAUCCUAUUGGAGGACGCUACAACCCAACUAGGACCUUCGCUGAGAAUGUGGAUCUUACAGAGCCCAUCCUUUCAAGAUUCGACGUCCUCUGUGUUAUUAGAGAUUCUGUGGAUUCUGUGGAGGAUGAGCGUUUGGCCAAGUUCGUCGUUGGAAAUCACAGACAACACCAUCCAGACGCGCACAGAAAGUCGAAGGAUGAGCAAUCCCAAGAAGAGCCAGAAGAUCCAGAAGAGCACGAGGAGGAGAAGGUCGACGAGCGCACGGGAGUCCGUCUGAUUCCACAGGACCUCCUUCGCAAGUACAUCAUCUACGCCAGAGAGCGAUGCCAUCCAACGUUGGGCGCUCAGCACUCGGAGAAGCUGUCGAGCAUUUUCGCUCAAAUGCGAAAGGAGAGUAUGGCGACGGGCUCGGUGGCGAUUACUGUACGUCAUGUCGAGUCGAUGAUUCGUUUGUCGGAGGCGCACGCGAAGUUGCACUUGAGAAGUUAUGUGAACGACGAUGACACCGCCGCCGCCACGAGAAUCAUGUUGGAAUCGUUUGUCAACACGCAGAAGGCGUCGAUCAUGCGUCAGAUGAAGAAGACGUUCUCCAGAUACCUCACCGAGAAUCGAUCGGCCAACGAGCUCCUUUUGUUCGUGCUGAAGCAGUUGGUCCGUCAACAAAUGCACUACGCGGCGGCGCGCGCCGGCGGCAAUACCGUAAUCCAAAGUGUCACCGUCGCGGAGUCGGAGUUCAUUGAGAAGGCCCAACAGCUGCGUAUCGAGAAUGUGAAGCCGUUCUACACGUCGGAAGUUUUCGCGUCGAACAACUUCAUCUAUGAUCCAUCGAAGAAGACGAUUGUUCAGGAGAUUUUCUAA